CUAGGCGACGGUCAUUGGUGGGCGUGUAUUCGGAUUUGGACUAAUGAAAAGAAGAAACUCUUGCACUCCGUAUUACUCCAACAAGAUGAGUGAGAACUAUUGACUUGAGGAAGUUGAGGGAGGAAACAAAGACCCAAAUAAAUUUCAGAAAUGCGGGCUGAUAAGGCCAGGAUCUUGCUAGGGUUUCCUCCUUGUUUUCGUCCAACCCCAUCACAGGUUAAAGCAGCUUACAAGAGGAAGGUUUGGGAAUCUCAUCCUGACCGAUUUCCAGUUCAUGAAAAAUCUCAUGCAGAGUGCAAGUUCAAAUUGAUUUCAGAAGCUUACACUUGCCUGCAGUCUGGUGCAAGAGAAGGUUUAGCUCCAACUAUGCAAGUUGUGAGAACUGGGGGAAGAAGAAAUCAUGCUUUGAUAAGGUUUCCCUUCCUCUUAAUCAUUUUAGGAACAGUAGGUCUUGGCGGAUUUAAUGCUACCAGGGCCUAUAAACAGCAAAAGCAGGCAUAUCCUUCUCACAAUCCUUUUCUCCCAUGAUCUGAAAAUGGCAGCUGGAUUCAUGGUCAUGGUUUUAUCCUACAUAUCAUGUUGUUGUCUUUAACAUCCAAUUAUACCAGUAAUUCAUUAAAUCCAUUUCCAUUAUGGCAAACUAUGUUGCCUCUCUAAUUAACUAUCUUAUGUUUAUUGUCAUUAGCUUUUUCAAAAAAAUUCUCAACAAUUCAUAUA